AUGUUUAGCCUCAACAGACAACUUUUUAGAUUGUUAAGGACAACACCAGUCGCAACACCACCUAGGAAGAUGUCUUUAUCUCAUCUGGUAGACUCGAAAACACAUUUGAUACCAGGAAAACUCAAAGUUUCAGAAUUAGUCUUCGAAGUUCCUUUGGACGUAAUCAAACAUGAGAACCCAGUAGCAAAGCCUACGGAAGAAGAAAUCCGCAAGUCUUCCCAAAAGCCCUGGUUUGUCUACCUUCAAGGUGGACCAGGCUUCGGAUGCAAUCCUCCUCAAGAUGCACCAAUCACCAAUGUAGUCCUCGAUAAAGGUUACCAGAUGCUUUAUAUUGAUCAGCGUGGUACUGGAUUGAGUAAUCCCAUUUCAGCGGCUACUUUGGCUUUGCAAGGAGAUGCUCAACGCCAAGCGGAUUAUCUUAAGCAUUUUAGAGCUGAUAAUAUCGUGAGGGAUUGUGAGGCUAUACGCAAAAUUCUUACUGCUGAUUAUCCUGAAGAACUCAAGAAAUGGUCCGUCUUCGGCCAAUCCUUUGGAGGUUUCUGCGUUCUCACAUACCUCUCCUUCCACUAUCAAGGUCUCCGCGAAGUCUUUACCAGCGGCGGUCUUGCCCCCGUCGGUCACUCAGCCGAGCGAGUCUACCGCGCCACAUUCCAAAAAGUAAUUGAGAGAAAUCGAGCCUACUAUCAAAAAUUUCCUGAAGACGUCGCCGUAGUUCAGGGUCUUGCGAUUCACAUCAGCGCUAAAAAUGGACUCCAAUUACCAUCUGGUGGUACAUUGACUGUUCGGAUGUUCUUGACUAUGGGUAUCAAUUUUGGGUUCCAUGGAGGAUUGGAUACGGUUCAUGAUGUUGUGCUGAGGAUGAGUUCGGAUUUGGAUCAAUAUUCUUUCGUUACUAAACCAACUCUAAAGGCUAUUGAGGAUAUGGUCAGUAUGGAUAACAAUGUAAUCUAUGCCAUCUUACACGAAUCCAUCUAUUGCCAAAGCGGCAAAGCAUCAGACUGGGCUGCCGACCGAAUCGGCAAAACCCUCCCCGAAUACAAAUGGCUCACCGGGCGUCCCCGCUCCCCCAACUCCAUCAUCUCCGAACCCCUCUUCUUCUCCGGCGAAAUGAUCUACCCCUUCAUGUUUGAGACCUCGCCCGAACUAGCCGCCAUCUUCCCCGCUGCAAAAAUCCUCGCCGAAUACACUGAUUGGCCUCCCCUAUACGACGAAUGGCAGCUGGCGCGCAAUGAGGUCCCGCUGUAUGCGGCUACGUAUGUAGAUGAUAUGUAUGUGGAUUUUGGGCUUGCGCAGGAAACGGUUAGGUUGGUGAGAGGCUGUAGACAGUGGGUUACGAAUGCGAUGUAUCAUGAUGCGGUGAGGUCGAAGACGGGGGAGAUGAUGGGGGUGUUGUUUGGGUUGAGGGAUGGGGGGUUGGAUUAG